AUGAACUGGGACCCCGUGAGGGGGCAGCAUGGGGGAGGAAAACGAGCUAGCUCGAAGGUAAACCGUCUCCGAAUCCUGUUAGUAUGAAAAGCUUUCAGGCGAACUAAGGCCCUCUCGUCGUCAAAAUUCCUCCGGCAAAAAGCUUCGUGCGCCAAAUGGUUGGCGAUAGCAACGAUGAGUCGAUUGGUGCCUUUGCCAAGACCACCAUUCGUUGAAAAAGCAGCAGUAAGGAGGGUAGAUCUAGACGGGUUGAAAGUUCCCGCAUAGUGAUUUGCCUUACUUGCAGCUCGAUCUUCGAGGGCUGAUCCUGGCUUAAGGAUCGACUUGUCGAUGCUUCGACCUGCUGAUGGGUUGACGAUUGUUACGUCGAUCAGAAUGGACUUGGUGCAGAGGUCCUCUUCCUUCUCUCCUGCGUGUAAUCCUGGGGGGAUUACCAAAUCCAUCUUGUAUAGCCCCUUUCCCCUACCAGUGCCUGUGGUAAAAGGGGAAGAAUCCUCAACGGCGAUGGGCAUAUGGCACUCGCGCAGUGUCUUGAGGACCACUCGAACCAUCCUGUUAUGGAGGAAGGUUGAGGCGCCGGUCUUGGUGCAGACGAGGGAGUGGGCUCGGCUCAAGCGGUCCUUGCAUGGUAACAAUGCACCUGCACCACAAAGUUUGCCUGUGUUGCAGUCUGCUCGAUCGUGACUCCCCAGUACACGACCGAUUGACUCUCGAUAUAGAUCAGGCAGCAUUCUUUCAUCUGCUGACAACCCUUGCGUUGUCAACCACGACAAAACUCCCUUGCCUUUCGCUUCCUCCAAGCGGAUCAACGCCCUCUUCUUUGGCGUUUCCUCGCCUACUACUUUCUGCAAGUCUGUCUCCACCAUGUGGCGCACUGCUGCAUGAAGAGGUUUCGAAAGGAGAGCUUGGGCUCCAAAGACUUGGUAGUGUUGACCAAAUUCAUUUCGGCUGAAGGUAGACGGUGGUUGAUGUUCUACGUCAGGGUUUCCAUCUUCACUGGGUUUUCCCGCCUUCCCUGCUUCCAACAAGUAAACUCCUUUGAGGGCGGGGGUUAACUCAUCACUUGUGGCAAGUUUAGCCCAUGACUGCCCAACAGCUUUUUCAAGCUUGUCUUUGGUGAUGAUUUCCUCUAGCUUCUUCAGCGAGUCAAUCAGAGCCAAUCCUGUCGGUAGCUGGGCAAGCCGGGGUAGACAUUGCUCGACUGUGUAUCCUGUCGAUGCUUGCACUGACUUGGAGAACACCAGCGCUUGCCCUGCCACAAAAGCCGAUUCUCGAAUGAGAACAUUGCUCGUGAUUCCUAGUCCUCCUUCACGCAUGGGUAGGUGCACCUGCGCCCGAGCUGUCCCUUUGAAGAAAUCUACCUCCUCGCUCUUCGUCGGGUCUGCGCGUACUUCUUUGACCGUUGGUAUUCUCAUGCUGUCGGCCAUCUUGCCAAGGACGAUCUUACUCAUUGCCCACAUCAUCAUGUUGUCAUGUAAUUUUGCGGCAGAGUUGGUGAUAGACGGUGCAAUCGUCCUCAGCAGAUGGAACAAACGUGGCACACCAGAUAAACGCAGCAGUUGAUAGCUGGCUUGAGGGUCGUCAAGCGUUGCUAGGCGGAGUAUCAAUUCCGCCGGGUCACCACGGGCGAUUUUGGAAACGAAAUUCCUCUGGAACUCCUCUGUUCCUACUGGGAUCCCGACAACUGGCAUGCCACCUUCAGCAACUGACAGACCAAUUUUCGUCAAUUGUUGCUGUUCGUCGUUUGUCAAAGAGGACAUGCAAAGACCUUCCGGGAAAAGCACUUUGGAUUUCGGGAGACUGAGCUCAAUGCCUUUUUGGGAGAGACGUUCCUGAAUCCAAUUCGUUACAGUGGAUAUGGCCUGCAUGUUCCUAGCCAAACCUGGUGGAAGAUGUGCUUGGAGGUCGUCGACGUAUCCGAUGAGUUUCACUCCUGGCACUGGUGGCUUGUUGUUGAACUCUUUCAUGAUAUCAAGAAGUCCUACACAGAAGCCAAACCCUCCCAAAUUGCAGCCUUGUUGAACUCCGCGCUGUGAAAGAACAACCUCGAUCGAACCAUCUUCCAUUUUGAACAGAAGUUUCGCCUUGGUUCGAGCGUAGAUGUUCCCGACGAACUUCAGCAAGUGUGGCGUAUGGUGGCCACUGCUGGCAAGAUGGAAGAUCUGCGCAUGCUGUUGUAAGCAUUUUUCCCAUCAAAGGAGAGAAUGGUGCUGCCUUGCUGGUGGCUGAGGGUUGCUAUGGAAGCCACUAUCUCAACUCCUUCUGGAACAACACCUCCGGACUGAUUUGCUGCUUCGAAGAUGUUCGCAAUUCCUCCCUUGUACUGGCGGCAGAAGCUGCCGCUGAUGAUGCGACGCAAAACCCCUCCAACUGCAAUCGGCCGUUUUUUCUCUCCCAGCGCUGAAAGGUUGGCACUGGUGUGGAGGUUCCAAAAGAAAUCCGGAAGCUCGUCUCCGUAGUAGAAGACUUUAAAGCUGAAGUCCGCCAAGGUUUCAGUGAAAGAAUCACUCAUCCCACCAGCUUGGAGAUACGAAAAACGAAGACCAUCAGGCCCCGGAGCACUCUGAGGGUUGACUUUCUUCACCGUCUGCUUGAUGAACUUGAUUUCGAAUGGUUCAUCAGCAUCGGCGACGGAGUCUAUCUUGUGCGUUUUUAUACCAUAUGAGUGUGUGUUGUUUUCGUCCUAUUUAUUAUGGCGACAGUCCCCUCAUUUUUCGUGGUGAGACGUGUACUACACCUUCAGCGUAUGUAUGUAGACUAGAGUACUAGUCUACACUUUUCAGUGGUUUUUUCGUACAACUACAACCAUCCAGGGUCACACAGGAGGGGGUAAACACAAGGACUUUUCUUCCUUUUAUUUCUUUUCAUGCCCCACCUUCCUCCUGCGGUGCGUGCUGAUUUUUUUUUUUUCGCGAGAAGGGUCCAGCCGUCCCUUUCUCUCGUCAACGGUGCUAACGUCGAAGUCUGGUACUCACGAGAGCUUGUCAGCUGUAUUUCGCUUUCACCCGCACAUUUCGUAAAAUUUUCACCCGAUGGGGGUUCG